GCGAUAAUCAGCACUGUGACGGAAAGAUGCCAGUCGACGGUUGUCAGUUGGCGGGCGCGGACGCCAUUACUCGCGUCACAAGUUUAUUAUCUGUGGUGCAAGCUAAAGCAUCAAAGUAAACAAGAUAAAAAAAAAACUGUGUAUCAUAAUUAAUCUGUGGCGAACGGUGUUGCCAACCUAAUGAGAACUUUGUGCUGAGUGUUGCCGCAUAACAAAAAUGCAGCGGCAACUGAGUAACGUUAGUGUUUAUUCGUACCAGGAUUAUCAACCUUCAAGAAAAUAUGGGCAACAGUAUGAACCGGGCGGUUACGCGGCGGCGGUUCAGCAGCGAACGAACAUGACGCAGCGAGAGGACGCGCUCAAGUUCGAGCAGGGCCGCAUCAAAGCGUUGCAGGAGGAGCGACUGCAUAUACAGAAGAAAACAUUCACGAAAUGGAUCAAUUCCUUCUUGCAAAAGGCGCGUAUGGAAGUGGACGAUCUCUUCGUGGACCUAGCAGACGGCCGACGGCUCCUCAAGUUGCUGGAGAUAAUCAGCGGCGAGCGACUGCCCAGGCCCAACAGUGGUCGCAUGAGGGUCCACAAGAUUGAAAAUGUCAACAAGAGCUUGAGUUUCUUGCAUACUAAGGUGCGUCUGGAAUCCAUCGGAGCCGAAGAUAUAGUGGACGGCAACCCUCGCCUGAUCCUCGGUCUGAUAUGGACCAUCAUCCUGCGGUUCCAGAUUCAGGAGAUCGAAAUUGAUGUUGACGAAGAAAAUGAAUCUUCGGAGAAGAAAUCAGCCAAGGAUGCCCUGCUUCUCUGGUGCCAGCGGAAGACCAGUGGCUACCACGGAGUCCACAUACACAACUUCACAGACUCUUGGAGAUCCGGUCUUGGAUUCAAUGCUCUUAUCCACGCUCACAGACCAGACCUGUUCCGUUGGUCAGAGGUCCCAGUAACUGACCACGUGGAGACCCUGAACCAUGCCUUCGACGUGGCCCACAAGCACCUGGGCAUUCCUCGUCUUCUGGACGCCGAGGAUGUCGACACCAGCCGUCCUGAUGAGAAAUCUGUUAUGACAUAUGUGGCAUCAUACUACCACACAUUUGCCAGAAUGAAGAAUGAACAAAAGAGUGGAAGGAGAAUCGCCAACAUUAUCGGCCAAAUGAUGGACUGUGAUGACCGUAAGGGUGAAUACAGCAAGCUGUUCACCAAGCUACUGGAGUGGAUACUGCUGAAGAUCCAGGAGCUGAAUGGAAGGGAGUUCCCUAACUCCCUGGAUGGUAUACAGAGACUGCUGCUGUCUUUCAAGCAGUAUAGGACUGUUGAGAAGCCUCCUAAAUACAAGGAGCGGUCGGAAAUCGAAGCCCUAUACUUUGACAUCAACACGAUGCAGAAGAGCCUCACUGGAGAAGCCUGGGCCCCCCUCGAAGGCCAGCUGCCUCAGGACCUGGAGAGAGCCUGGCAGCAGCUGGAACAGGCGGAGCAUGCUCGUGAGAUCGCGCUAAGAACAGAAUUACUACGACAGCAGAGGUUGGAACAACUGAACUACAAGUUUAAUACUAAAUCGGUCCUCCGUAAGGGCUACCUGAAAGAGAUGAUCCAGGUGCUCUCGGACCCUCGCUACGGCUCCAACCUGGCGCAGGUGGACGCCACCGUCAAGAAACAUGAGGCCAUCUCCGCUGAUAUACUGGCCAGAACCGAACGUUUCGAAGACCUAUCAGCCAUGGCAGCGGAAUUAGUCCGUGAGAACUACCACGGAGCUGAAGCCGUCUCCAGGACUGAACAGGCGGUGCUGACCAGGUGGAACGAACUCUUGGAGCUGCUGGAACGGCACCGGAGCUCGUUGGCCAAGCUGGCGCAUCUCAUGGCGCUGCUGAGAGAGGCUGACACUGUCGGACAUACUCUUACUGAGAUGAAGGCCCAAUUCCAAUCCGAGGAAGUGGGUCGCCACCUGGUGGACGUGGAGCGCCUGUUGCAAGCGCACGCGCUGCAGGAGCUGCAGCUUGGCGCCCUGGACGAGACCAUCCGCCGCCUGGUGCGGCAGGGGGCCAGCGCUGAUGGCGCCGCGCAGCCUAAACAACAGCUGACCCAGCAACUGACGCAGUUGACGCAUGAUUAUGAUAGCUUGGUAGCCGCUGCCAAAGACCGUAAAGCCAGACUGGAAGACGCCAGGAACCUGUACCAGUUCCUCGAAGACCAUGAUGAGGAAGAAGGCUGGGUGACGGAGAAACAGCGCAUAUGUCGCACAGAAGUAGCGGCGAAGGAACUGCGCGCCGUCCUAGCAUUGAGACAGAAGCACACUGCCCUACUGCACGAGCUGCGCGCUAGAGACCAUGUCUCGCAACGACACAGGGCCAAGGGACAGAGCCUAAUCGACGCGAAGCACCCGAAAUCAGCGGAGAUCGAGCGCCGCCUGACAUCACUGAACAAACAGUGGCAGAUACUGCGCGAGCUCGCCGCCGCCAGGGAGAAGCAGCUGGCUGAUGCUGCAGAGGCACACCAGUUCUACGGCGACGCAAACGAAGCAGAAUCCUGGAUGAAGGAGAAGCGUCCUCUAGUGGCGACGGACGACUGCGGACGCGACGCGCCGUCGGCGGGCGCGCUGCUAGCGCGACACAAGGUGACGCACGACGAGCUGCGCGCGCACGCCGCCGAGCUGCACGCGCUGCGGGCGCACGCUGACAGGCUGCACGCCGCCGGCAUCACCUGUCUACAGCUGCCGACAGAAGUGGAGUCCACUCCCGCGAUUGAGGAAGAGGAGUGGGUGAACGAAUCUAGACUGGUGCCCACUGAGGUCUGGGAGGAGGAACCAGUGGAACGGCUGGAGCAUAGAACUGUUACGGAGGAGAGGAGCGUGCCUCAGGUGAAAGCCCUCUACGCCUUCACAGGGCAAGGAAUAUCGAUGCAGAAGGGGGAGAUUAUGUUCUUAAUAAACAAGACCAACCCCGACUGGUGGUCCGUGCGCAAAGCUGACCGCACCGACGGGUUCGUGCCUGCAAACUACGUCAGAGAAAUCGAACCUAGGGUUGUUCCUGUCCAAGUCCGUCGCCCGGAGAAGGUGCGGACAGUCCAGCGCGUGAAGAAGACAGUCCUGGUGAAGCAAGUUGUGCCGGUGAAGCGCAGCAAGCCCGCCGCGCGCCGCGCCAGCCGGGCCGCCAUCGCGCAGCCCCGGACUGCUAGCGUCGAGACCCGGAUGGAGGAGAUACAGAAGGAUUAUGAUGAGCUCCUGACGCUGUCUGCGGCCCGUCGCGCACAGCUGGAAGACGCUAUCAAGCUGUACAGUUUCUUCGCGGAGUGCGAUGACUUCGACAAGUGGAUCAAGGACAAGGAGAAGAUGCUGCGCGCUGAUGAUGCUGAUGAUAGCGUGGACACUGCCAAGAGGAAGUAUGAGAAAUUCGUCACCGAUUUAUCAGCAGCCUCUAAGCGCCUGGAGCACAUAGACGCUGCAGCGGAAGAGCUGGUGCAGGCUAAACACAGCCAGGCAGGCAAGGCCACUGCCAGGCGGAAUCAGCUGCGGCAGCAGUGGGAGAGGCUGCUGCGGCUCAAACAGCAGAAGGAGAAGAGUUUGGAGGGAGCUUCUAGCGUGGAACUAUUCAGCCGUACCUGCGACGAAGCCUUAGACUGGAUGGCAGAGAAGGAGCAACAGUUGGCUGCCAGUUCAGCUCCUGCUGCCGACCUGAGGACCGUCAGAGCCCUGCAGAGGAGACACGCUCAGCUUGAGAGAGAACUGGAACCAGUCAGGGAGAAAGUCAACACCAUUAGUCUACUGGCUGACUCAGUCAAAUCCCAGUACCCGAACGAGCGCGGCAAUGUGGAAGGGAGACAGAAGGAGAUACAGCAAAUGUGGGAGAGAUGCCAGGCCCAAGCAGCAGAGAGGAGGAGUCGGUUGGAGUCGGCUGUUGGACAUCAGAUCUUUGGCAACAGUUCUGCUACGCUGACGCACUGGAUGCAGAAAGUCCGCGAGCAACUAGCGCAGGAGGCGAGCGCCAAGGACGUGGCCACGGCGGAGGCGCUGCACAAACAACAUCAGGAACUCAUGGACGACAUCAAGGCACACGAUGAUGAAUUCAAGGAAGUCAUAGCCCUGGGCAAACAGCUGUUGGCCAACAACCCAGCCCUCACGGACGUGGCCGACAAGAUCAAGAGCCUGGAGACAGACCAUGAUGCUGUUAUUAAAGAAUGGCAUGAGAAGGACGCGUACCUGAAACAGCUGGUACAGCUGCAGAGCUUCAACCGCGAGUGUGACCAGAUCGACGCGUCCACCGGCGCGCACGAGGCCUACCUCGAGUAUAAACAGUUUGGCUCAUCCGUGGACGAGGCAGAGGCUUUAGUCAAACGUCAUGAGGAGUUGGAGGCUCGCCUGGCCGCACAGGACGAGAGGCUCGCGACCUUCGUGCAGAGGGCAGAGGCACUGGAGAAAAUACCUCACUACGCUGCGGACCAUAUCGCAGCGCGCCGCGCGGCAGUGUUGCAGCGCCGGGACGGAGUGCGUCGCGCCGCGGCCGAGCGACGCCGCGCGCUACUAGCUAGCUUGGCACAUCAACAGUUCGUUGCCGCUACAGAGGAGCUACAAAACUGGAUCCAAGACAAGACCAGGACCGCCAAGGAUCAGAGCUAUAGGGACCUCGCCAACUUGGAGCGUAAACUACAGAAACAUGAAGCAUUUGAGAGGGAACUACAGGCCAAUGAGAAACAACUGCGCAAUGUCGAGAGCAUCGGCCAAUCACUCCAAAAAUCAGACCCCUCCCGGGCAUCUGAGGUGUCAGAACACCUGUCCGGUCUCCAGACUGCGUGGGAAGAGCUCGUAGCUGCUUCCAGAGAUAAGGGUAGCAAGCUGAGGCAGGCAGCUCAGCAGAGGAAACAUAGAAGAUCUGUGGAGGAUGCGAAGGCUCGUCUCAUUGACCUGGAGAGGCAGCUGAAGAGUGAGGAGUUUGGCACCGACCUCAGGAGCUGUAAGAGAUUGCUAAACCAGCAUCAGGCCUUAGAACAAGAGCUAUCCCUCUGGGAGAGCAAGGCCGGAGCCCUAGCGGCUCAGGGCGCAGACCUGGUCUCCGGAGGACACUUCGACGCGGAGGCUAUUGAGAGGGACUCUGCCGCGUUACUCAAAGCCGUGAGGAGUCUGCAACCUCCCGCCGCGACUCGACGACAGGCGUUGGAGAGUAGUUUACAACUCCACAAAUUCGCAGCAGAAGUAGCUGGAGAGUUAGACUGGCUGUCGGAGCGAAGCGCUGCAGCUUCUUCGGAAGUGAUGCCGACGGACCUGCACGCUGCGCAGUCCGCGCAGAAGAAGCACGCGAAGCUCAAGGCUGAGCUUCUUGGUAGACGGCCGCUGAUCGAGAGGGUCAUUGCGCAUGGAAACAAAUUGGUUGAGGAGGGACAUCCUCAGAGGGAGAAGAUCGAAUCCCUCUGCGAACAAUUAGAAGCUGGCUACACAUCAGUAUCAGAAGCAGCAGAAAGUCGCGCCUCGAGACUCGAAGCCGCACUAAAGGCGCAGCAGUUCAUGCAUGAUGCGCUAGAAGUGGACGCCUGGUUGGCUGACAAGGCGGCGGCGCUUGCGCACGCUGAUCUAGCCAAGGAUCGGCAUAGAGCUACGCAUUUGUUGACUAGACAUAAGGCUGUAGAACUCGAACUAGACACAUACGCCGCCAUAAUAUCGGAGAUGGGACACGUGGCGACAUCUAUGGCCAACGGGGGACACCCGGAGGGCGAAGCCCUGCUCGCCAGGCACGCGUUACUGGCCGAGAGUCUCGCGAGACUGCAGAGACUGGCUGCGCAGAGACAGAAGGCUCUAGUUGAGAGUGUUUGCCGGCAUGAGUACCUGGCAGAGAGCGCAGAGCUGGAGAGCUGGAUCCAGGAGCAGUAUGCAGCCGCCUCCAGCGAGGAUUACGGACAGGACUAUGAGCAUCUACUGAUCCUCCGUUCAAAAUUCGACGAGCUCCGCCAUCGCGUGGAGAGUGGUGCGGAGCGGUUCAACCAGUGCGAGGAGUUGGCCAAGAAACUGCUGGCCACCGAGAGCCCCUACAUCGGAGACAUCGAGAAACGACAGGAGGCACUCGGCGAAUGGUGGCAACGUCUAGUAGAACAGAUGGAGUCCCGCGCGUCGAGACUGCACGCUGCGGGCGAGAUCCACCGGUUCCAUCGCGACGUGGCCGAGUUGGCGGAGCGCGCCGGGGACGCCACCGCAGCCCUAGCGGCGCCGCCCCCGCCGCGCGACCUCCGCGCCGCCACUGCCGCGCUCCGGGCACAUGAUACUAUGCAGAAUGACUUGUUGGCUAUUGAUGCUCAGAUGCAGGUCCUGCUCGAAGAAGGCAACCGUCUCCAGAAGCUGUACCCUGGCGGCAACGUCCAGCAGAUUGAGCUACAACAGAAGGCCCUGGAAGAAGCCUGGACCACGCUGCGCCAGGCCGCAGACGAUAGGAGACACACGCUGCAGCAGUAUCUACAGCUGCACCAGUUCUUGACACAGGUCCGCGACCUGACCUCAUGGUCGGUGUCCCUGCGGUCGUCGAUGUCGGGUCCGCUGCGCGUGCGCGACGCGGUGUCGGCGCAGAGCGCGCGCGCAGAGCACGACGCCGUGCGCGCCGAGCUCGACGCGCGCGACGGAUCCUUCCGGGACGCGCUCAACAUGGGCCGGGAACUCGCCACGCAACAUCCUAAUGCUGCUGAGGUAGAAGAGAAAUGCGAGGCUCUCCUAGAAGAGCGCAACCGUCUGCACGGCGCCUGGGCCGCCCGCCAGGUGGCGCUGGACCAGCUCAUCGACCUCCACUGCUUCCUGAGAGACGCCAAGCUGUUACACGACCUGUGUGCCACGCAGGAGGCUGCUUUGAGCACUGAAAUAUCACAGACGAGCAGUGUGGAGGAAGUAGAGAACCAACUGAAGAAACAUGAAGCGUUUGAGAAACUACUCGCCACACAGGACGAGAAACUGGCGACCCUGAACAGCCACGGAGACAAGCUGCUGCAGCAGAACCACGUGGAGAGCCAGCGGAUCGCUGACGAGUUGCAGCAUAUCAAUGACAGGAGGAAGAAGUUAUACGCGGAGUCAGGCCGUCGUCGCGCGGCGUUGGUCCGGUCCCGUGCACGCGCACAGUUUGCGCGCGACGCCGCCGAGGCGCGCGGCUGGGUCGCAGACAAACUCAACAAAUUGGCUGCUGAACAUCAACAUGGUGAAGUAACAAACCUUGAAGACAAGAUCAAGAAACUCCAGAAACACCAGGCGUUCACCGCCGAGCUGGCCGCCAACAGGGCUCGUCUCCAGGAAGUACAACUCCUGGCGGAACAGCUGCGGCCUGAUGCUGAGGUGGAGAAGCAGCUGCAGGAGCUGCAGGCUGACUGGCAGAGGCUGGAGAAUGCUACUGAACAACGAGGUCGCGGCCUAGAAGAAGCUCAAGACAUCCUGGAAUUCAACCAGCAUCUAGACAAGAUAGAGGCCUGGAUCCGAGACAAGGAGAUGAUGGUCCAGGCGCACGAGUUGGGCCGCGACUACGAGCACUGCAGCGCCCUCCUGCGGAAGCUAGAUGACAUGGAUAGUGACAUGAAGGUGGACGAUCGCAGGGUCAAGAGCAUCUGCGCGCUCGCUGAUAAAUUGUUGCAGCAGGGUCCGACCCAGCAAGCGGCGGCAGUGUCCCAGCGCCGCGACGCCUUCCUCGCGAAGUGGCACGCGCUGUCCGGCGCACUGCAGAAGUACAGAGAUAACCUAUCCGCUGCAUUGGAGAUACAUUCGUUUAACAGGGACGUAGAAGACACAGCGGAGCGUAUAUCGAAGAAAGCAACAUUGUUCAGUAGCUCCGAGAGAGGGCGCGAGCUGACUGCUGCGCAGGAGUUGAAGCGGAGGCACCUGGCCAGGGCCGCUGAGGCUGGAGCCAUCAGGGAUAAAAUACAGCAGUUGGAGGGAGAGGGCAAGAGUUUGACUCAGAAAUACCCGGAGCGUGCGAAGGAGAUAGAGAAGAGCCUCCACAGUCUCCGUUCAGGCUGGGAACAACUCCAGGAGUUGGCAGCCAAGCGCACAGCGUUGUUGGAUGAAGCUAUUGCUGAACAUAAGUUCGAUGAGAAUCUUAAGGAAUUGGAACUCUGGGUAUCGGAAGCCGUCAAGCGUAUGGAUGAGACCGGCGCCCCGGAGACCGUGUCUGAUGCUGAAGCGCUUCUAGAGCUUCAUCAUGAGAAGAAGGCUGAAAUCGAUGGUCGCCAGAAAGCCAUCAGCUCUCUCCAGAAGGAAGCUGAACAGGUUCCAGAGAAGGUGAAGCGGGUGGAAGUACUCUCCAGCACCCUGGACCAAGCAUGGCUGAAGAGGAAGCAGUACUUGACACAGGCACAUCAGCUUCAACUGCUGAAGGAGCAAGCGAGACAGACGGAGGACUGGCUCGCUUCUAAAGAGGCCUUCCUGAACAACGAUGAUCUAGGAGAGAAUUUGGAUGCCGUAGAGACGCUGAUCCGUAAACACGUGGAGUUCUCGAAGCUGCUGCACAGCCAGCUGGGCAGGGUGGACGAGCUGCAGCGGUUCGCAGCCAGCAUGCUGGAGGAUCAGCACUUCGAUAGAGACUACGUGGAAACCAGGCUCAAGACUAUACUCAAUAGGAGGGAUAAACUUGUGGAAUCCUGUAAGCAACGAGGAGAGAUCUUGGAGCAGUCUCGCCAACUACACCAGUUCCUGAGGAACCUGUACCACGAGCGGGAGUGGAUCUCGCUGAAGAUGCAGAUCGCCAACGAUCAGAACUACAGAGAGCUUUCAAACCUGCAAAGUAAGAUUCAGAAGCACGCUGCUUUCGAAUCUGAGCUAGCGGCGAACAAAGGACGCAUUGACGACGUCGCCAACCACGGAGAAACAUUAAUUGAGGGCAAACACUACGCGUCUCAGGAGAUCGCCAAACAUGUUGAGGAGCUAGAGAACCAGUGGCGGGAACUACAGGCCGCCGCGAAGCUCCGUCGCGAGCGUCUCCAAGAGGCCUACCAAGCCAGGGUGUACCUCCGAGGGCUGGACGACUUCACAGCCUGGCUCGAUGAUGUGGAGUCACAGCUACUCAGCGAGGACCAUGGCAAGGACUUAGCCUCAGUGACAGCGCUAUUGAAGCGUCACUCGCGCCUGGAACAACAAGUGUCCAGCAAGACAGACUCUGCCACGCAACUGGCGGACAAUGCCAGGCAGUUAGCGGAUAGCAACCAUUUCAUGGCAGAAGAGAUACUGAAGAAGGCUGACCAUGCUGUUAAGAGAUACCGGCAGCUCCAAGAGCCGAUGCAGAUCCGUCGCGACAACUUGGAAGACGCCGCGCUGCUGCACCGCUGGGACAGAGACGCUGACGAGGAGUUCCGCUGGUUACGUGAGCGCGAGUCGGCAGUCAGACAAGAAGAAGCGGGUUCGACACUCGCCGAGGCACAAGCCAUGCUCAAGAAGCACCUCGCUUUGGAAGCAGAAUUACUUACCAGGGAACCAAUAAUAAAGGCUCUAGUGACUCGCGCGGGUCAACUGUCGCGCCGCGGUCACUUCGCGUCCGCGGCUUUCGACGCGCGAUCACGCGACCUGGCCGCCGCACACCGCGCGUUAGUCGACGCCGCGGCCAUCAGAACCGCCCUUAUACGCGACCGAUGUGAAUUGUUACAGCUGAUCUCGGAAAUAACAGAAGCAGAAGCCUGGCUGCUAGAGCGCCGAGUAGCUCUUGUAUCAGGAGAUGUGGGAAGGGACGAGGACUCAGCACUGGCGCUCGUCAGGAGACUGGAUGCUCUGCAGCGUGAGGUCACUGGGUUCGAUGCCACUAUCGUCAAGCUGGAGAAAACUGCGGCUGGGUUGGUGGAACGUUCGACGAUCGAUGGGGACCAGCUCCAGAAGCGUAUAUCCGAGCUGAAGACGAUGCACGAGGACAUGAAGCUGCUGUCCGCCAAGCGGCAGCAGCGGCUGCAGCAGAGCUUGAAGUAUUUCAAGUUCGUCCAGGAAUGCGAGGAGGUGCAGGAAUGGAUCAGCGAGCAGAUGACGACGGCCGCCAGCGAGGAGUACGGGCUGGACGUGGAACACGUGGAGACGCUGCAGCAGGCCUUCGACAACUUCCUCGCGCAGCUACAAGCAAACGAAGGUAGAAUAGAAGGAGUCUGCGAGGCCGGCACCGUACUUCUAGAGGAGAACACGCCGGAGGCAGACAGAGUGAAACAGAGGAUCGAUGACAUAAAGGGACUGUGGGACGAUCUCAAGGAGUUAGCGUUAGCUAGGCAGGAGGCCUUAGCAGGCGCCCGCCAAGUCCACGAAUUCGAUCGCUCAGCCGAAGAGACAGCCGCCUGGGUGGCCGAGAAAGACUCCGCCCUCGGCAGCGAAGCCCUACCACCUCGCUCCCUACAUGAGCUGCACGCACAGAAGCGAAGUCUCCACGCUCUGAGGGCUGAUCUAGAUGCUAUUAAAGCAGCCCAUGAUAAGUUGCAGGAGGAGGCUGAGAGGCUAGGCACAGCAUUCCCAGACGCGAAGGAACACGUCUCCGCCAAACUGGAGGACGUGACAGAGUCUCUACAGGCGCUGGUACAGCGAGCUGAUCAGUGCAACCACCAGCUUGAACUGGCUGGGCAGCUGCAGGCAUACUUCGAUACCUACCAGGAGUUACUAGCAUGGACCAACGAGACCCUAGCGCGAGUGACCGCACCAGACCUGGCCACAGACGUGUCUGGUGCAGAGAGGCUGCUGGCCAGGCACCAGGACAUCAAGGUCGAGAUCGAGGCCAAGGAGGACGCCUUCCAGACAUUGUACAGUGAUGGCGAGAAACUAGUGAAGGAAGGUCACUUCAUGUCCAAUGAGAUUGAGGAUCGGAUGUCCAUCCUCCGCAGCAGACGCGCGCACCUGGACGCCGCCUGGGCCAACCGGGAGAGGAUCUACACACAACACCUUGAUGCCCUGGUCUUCAAGCGAGACGCUGAUGCACUGGAUAACUGGAUUACCAACAGAGUACCACUAGUCCGCGACGGUAAAUACGGCGAGAGUGUAGCCCAGGUAGAGGAGCUGAUCAACCGCCACCGCGACCUGGAGGAGACCAUCGACGCGCAGAGGGACAAGUUCAACGCACUCAAGAGGAUCACUCUUGUGGAACAAGCCUUCCAAAUGCAGCGUGACGAGGAGGAGCAGGCUCGUCGCAAGUCUGCGGAGAGGCAGGAGGCGGACCGGCUGCAGCAGUACAGGAAGAGGGAGAUGGAGAGGAUCACUGAGGAACGUAGGAGGGAGACCGCGCCCGUACCUAUGGUUAGAGAGGCGGAACGCCUCCAGACGUCGUCGGUGGCGCCUGCCUCCUCGGAGGAGACGCUGUCCCCGGCGCCCCAGUUCGACAGACUGCCCAAGAACGACCAACAUGUCAAACGCGCUGAGAGCAUGAGCGUGGUAAAGACACAGAAGCGCACUCCUUCGUUCACCACUCGCCGCCGCACGCAGAGCUUCAGGCGACACGGGAAGGAACUGCCACCUGUCGAGAUUGAAGGUUUCCUAGAGCGCAAGCAGGAGGCGGGUCGCGGCGGCAAGCGCGCGACGGUGCGGUCGUGGCGCGCGUACUACUCCGUGCUCUGCGGCCAGCUGCUCUGCUUCUUCCGGGACGAGCUCGACUUCGCCAGCGCCAAGGCCGCCGCGCCGCCCGUCGCUAUACUUAAUGCGCGCUGUGAGCCUGCCGGCGACUACACGAAGCGAGCCAACGUGUUCCGCCUGGCGUGUGCCGACGGCGCCGAGUACUUGUUCGCUUGUAGCUCUAAGGACCUCAUGAAGGACUGGGUGGCGAAGCUGUCGUUCCACGCACAGCUACCGCCCGAGCUGCAGCUGACUCCGUACUCCUCGGUGCCGCCUGGAGAGUCCCCCACUGCGGAGAUCAGGAGGAGACUGCAUGAGAACGCGGAGUCUUCAUCAUCAGCGCCAUCGUCUCCGGAACCUGAACGUAGACCGCGCACACAGACCGAGAUACUCCAAGAGCAUAGGAACAGCCAACAGGCUCAGAGGACUUCUUCCACCACACCUGAAAGAAAUAUUGAAUCCGAGGUGCUACCAUCGCUGCCCCCGCGCCAGCCGCCGCCCGAGGAAGACGCCGCUGAAGUUGUAUAA